GGGGCGCAAGAAGCUCCCCUUUUAGCUCCAUGCUACUCCAUGUGAUCCAUGCACUCCAUGCCAUGCGAGCUGUGAAACCUUAUAAUAUAAAUUGCUCUGCUAUUCCUAGAACCAUUGCUCUGCGAUUACAAUUACUACAAGAACAAAACAUCGAGCAUUAUCUGGCGAUGUUAAGCUACAACGAUGUUUAUUGUGAUAAAACAGUGACAGGUAACAAGCGUAUAGAGAAAAACAUAAGACUACAACAAUCUGUCGAGAAUGAUUCUGUUUAGUGAACACUGAUCUAAAAAACCGCUUCUAUUUGCGCAAGGAGAGCAAAGACCAGAAUCUGUUGUACAAGAGAAAAAGCUUCUGUCGUUUGAGAGAGUUAAUAAUUUGUUCCUAAAUGAAGAUGAGGAACAACAUCCUAGAGCUGUUCCAUCAAAAUCAAUUUCCGAUCAGGCAUCCCAAGAAAAUAUAAUCAACCUUUUUAUCGUCCCAUGACAAUUUUCAAGUUUACCCGCCCUGUCAAUCCUUUGGAAUUUUUAUUCUGUUAAUUGCUAUUGCAUGUUGUACUAUGAAUAUACUGUCAUGCCUUCUACUCACACAACGAGGUAUAGCAACUACCUACAUAAUUCCGACUACAACUUCGACUUGAAUUUAUUUUCUGUCUCUUUCUGCUCAGCAUCAUUGAUGCUGCAUCAACGUUAGAAUUUACGUCUGCCUGGCUGCCUAGCCUCCAUCUCCUCAUAAAGCAUCCUCUAUAUAACAAAGAUGUCCUCGCCGACGCAUCCCACCACAGACAACGGCCCGAUCCCAUUGAUCUGGGAGGGCAAUCCGGCUAAAGAAGAUGCUGUUGAGCAUAGUAAGGAAGCGCAUGCUUCGACAGUGAAAAGUAGAGUGGAGGAAGAGGCUGUACUAGAGAAUAGGAAAAUCGCCUCUGUCGUUGAUGAAAUUGAAGCUUCCCUUGACAAGGAAAUAGCUGAUCUUCGUGCCCUGGAAGAUGCUGAAAAGAAAAACGAAUAUGCUGCUGGAGCAAGGGAUGAUAAAAAUGUCGAUGCUGGUGUUGAACAAAAUGAUACUGCUGAUGAAGAAUCUCCUGGAGAGGACAAUUAUCUUCAACCUCAAGAGCAUCUUCAUGCUGAUGGUGAUGACACAGUUCUUGUAGAAGGAGCUGAACAAGGUUUCCGUACCCCACCGACCCCCGAUAACGAGGGCCAUGUGACUCCUGAUUCCGAAGAAGAUGAACUUAUCACAGCUCACUCGCCAGUGAUGACAUUGCCUAUGUCGAUGCUGAUGCGUCAAAUGAUGCAGCCAAGUAGAGGAUCCUUAGUACCAUCUAGUUCCAUGGAAGGUGCUAAUUAUAACCGAGGAAAUGGGGCGGGACCUGUAGGAACCUCUGGUGCUGGUGGAGCAGCGCAAGUGAUGUGUAGGAGUAGAGGUGGUCAAGCGGAUGAAGCAGGUGGAGCAGAAGACGGUGGGGAAGGACGAGAUACAAGCGUUGCUAGAAGAGUACACUCCACUGAAGAAAAUAUAGCUCGACAGGCUGGUGGCGGUGCCUCUCCGGAAGAUGAUGUGAAUGACGAUCUUCAAACAGGAGGAUGCUCAGAAGAUCCUGAGGAGAAUUGUGGCGAGGAUGACGAGGACCCAAGCUUCGAAGAUCUAGCAGAGUUGGCCCGUCUAUUCGGAGGCGAGGCCCAGUUUCAGGCUUUCAUCCGCGAUUGCGCUCGUCGUGUGCAACGCAUGGAGAUCAGGAAGCAUUUAGGGUCUGACUACUCAACACUGGAAAGGAUAGUCGAGGAACGUGAUGAAGACCUGGUGAGCAGUGAUGAAGCACCUUGUGGUGAGAAAAGUUCUGUUGAUGAGACUUCUUGUUCACCGUUGUUAAAGACAGUAGUAGGCUCUCCGCACGAACAAGUUGAACUAGAAGGUCGUCAUUUGCAGAGCGACGCAGAGGAACAAGAAGAGCAGAGUGGGGAAAAUGAAGAUAUUACCGCCGAUCUUCUUCAGGGUAAAAAUAUGCUAGAAGUACCGGCGCCAGAGGACAACGAUGUGGUUGAACAAGGUACUGAUGAAGUUGAUAUCGCUGCUGCUAUGCUGCAACCAGCCGCAGAACCGCUGUUGGCUACUGCCGAACAGGAACAGCAAGAAACUGCAAAUGCAGAGGUAGAGCCAGUUCCUGCUCCAGUAGAGGAUGCACUCUUGAGUUCCUCUAGUAGUACGGCUGAUGCGCAACCUGUUGAGCCAGUGGUCGAGGCAGUAGUUGAGCAAGUUGAUCCAGAAGCACAAGUAGGCGAAGUAGAGGCAGCUGCAGUAGAGACUCAGGAAGAUGUGGAGGCGGCUGAAGUGAACACUGUGGAAAAGCAUGCUCUCGAGACCCCUGAAGCGGUGAACGCGACACCGGACCUACAGACAGAGGAACUACAGGUUGCUGCAAUCACAACUACUGUAGUACCUGUAGUUUGUUCCGAGGAGACAGAGGCGGAACAGGAAGAGGGACCACAGACUGAAUCCGACAACAAGAUGAACCAAGAUCUUCAAGAGGAAGCUGACCAGGAGGAAGCGAACCAAGACACAGAUGCUUUUUCAGUUUACUCGCGUAGCAAGGACACGCUAGACGGACGUGAGAAAGAUGUUAGAAGUGGUCCUCCUGAAGCUAACCCGGAUGUGCCUGAACCAGACGAAGUCUCCGCAAUGUUUGAGCCUUUGCUAGAGAACGCCGUGGAAAAAGGUGUAGAAGCGGAUCGAGCAGCGUCUAGAACUUCGACGAAGGAAAAUGCUGGAGCGCAACUCGCGGGUGAAGGGGGAAACGACGUCAAUUUGAAGCAGGAAGAAGAUCAAGGUUCGAAGCCAAAAAUCCAAUUUGAUGCUAAUGUUGUUGUUGAGAAGGCCGAACAAGUGGUUCCUGCUGCUCAAUCCACCCAAAAUCUUGAAGCACCUACAGAAGUGAGUGGAGGCAAUCAAGCUACGAUUAUUCAAUCAGCACCUGCGAUCAUGCGAUGCGUCGACGACGUCGACGAGAUGAGAGAGGAUGCUGAGAAAGCCAAAAACAGUCGAGCACUCUCUCCACGUAACCAAACCAUCCCCGUUCGUCCCGAUAGUAGUUCCAGUUACGGUGAGGUCCGUAGCUUAGCGAGUCGCGAGUCCAUGAAUGCUCUAGCAGAUGCCACUAUUGGGGAAGCAGCUAGCAAUGGGCUGCACAAUUAUACCGUAGGUGUCGUUGGCCCAGUCAAAGAGGUAGAACGAUUCGGGACACCGCCAGAUUUGCAUUCUAGUGCCCAUGUGACUGCGUUCGGGUCUCACGAACGUAUGACACCGAGAAUGAUAGAAGCAGGAAAAACGAACUCUGAAGAUAACGUAAGAAUGCAAGACUCGGAGGGGAAGGAAAUCGAAAUAAGCAUGCAAGCUGUGGACGUACUUUUGUCGUGAUUUUUCUCGCUCAAUUUUGACAUGGAGAUGAACAUGAUUCCUUUACCUUCUUCGCUUUUGAUGUAGUUUAAAACUUUCGCUUUUGAUGUCGUAUUUAUACAACAACACAUCUCUCGAUAUUUCUCGGCUCUUAUCUCACGCUUACCAGUUAUACAACAACACAUAGUGAUCGUGAUGGAAAAAAAACUUUCUCUUCCAUCAGUAUGUGUUGUAUAGAAUAUGAUGACUUGAAGACAAGGGUAACACUUCCCUUUGGUCUUGUUGCAAUUUCUUCCAUCACUAUGUGUUGUAUAUGAUGACCAUGACUAAGGCUCCUGUUGAUUGACUAAUUGGAGCAAAGGUUCUGAACAUUCACUCCAUGAUUAGACGGCUUGGCUCAAAAAUCUAUGAUGUGUUGUACAUUGUAUAAAUAUGAUGACUUGAAGACAAGGGUAUCCCUUUGGUCUUGUUGCACUUAGAAAAGGAUCUUCGAGUAUUUCCUACACAACCACAGUAUGCGCCUCCCGUAACUGCCGAGGGUCUCUUGCGAGAAGGUGGAACGCCAUACACGCGCGAAGAGCGCAGGAAGUGGACAGCGGAGCAAAAGAUGGCUCGCCGCACAGAGCGUAGGCGACGACGCGCCGUUAUUGGUGAAUACGCCACCAUCGUCAACGAUGACGGUACCGAAACGCAGGCCCCCGUCGAUUUCGCAGAACUAGGUCUGGAAUCCUCAAGUGAAGACGAAAGUAGUUCAGACGAGAACGACGAUGAAGAGACCAAAACAGCACGUGCGGACCGACGAGCCCAACGCGGAGCACGCAGAGCCGCUCGUAUUGAACGAAUGCGAGUGAAGACGAGUCAUUUAAAUCUUCCAGAGGACAAUGCAGACGAUAUGAAGGCCAAGAUGAAGAGCUUCCUGGACAGCAAAAUAAAAGAUGGAGAAGACGACAAUAAAGAAGAAGAUAAAAACGCUGACGAUGCUGAUGUCGUUGAGGGACAGGGUGAGGAGUCCAAAGCAGAGCCAAAAGAGGAUGCAGAGAAAAAUUUUAACUCUAAAGAGGAAGGUGUUGACAGUCUGAAAGUAGAGCAAACGGAUAGCCAAAAAGCUGCAGCCGCAACAAAAGCAGUGGCCAUGAAAGCCUUCUCGAAAGCUGGUGCUGGUCGUCUCUUCGGUAAAAGCAAAGCCAAGGCUGGCCCCAAAGUGAAACUAUCCCCCGCGGCCGCCCGUGCCGCAGCAUUGGCAGCAGCAGCCGGAGAACAGGAUAAGGCGAAGAAAGCUGCUAAUGCGAACAAAUCCAAAGAAUCUACAGACGCGUCGCCAGCACCAUCUCAAGCUGAAAAGCGUCCGGACUCUGCUGAAAAAGAGAAAAAGAGCAAGAAAAAGAAAAAAAAGCGAAGUCGUUCUUCAAGCGAUUCGUCAGAGAGCGAAAGUACUGACCCAGAGGAGCGCGAACGCAAAAACGAAAGGCGAAGACAAAGAUUGGAAGCGAGAGGGGUACUUGGCUUCUAGUUUUGAACAAUAUUCGAUACUCUGUUAAUGUGGAUUGAAGUUGAUUUCUUUGUUGUAUUAAGAGUUACAACUGUUUUGAUUUCAUUUCUUUGUCGUAAGAUUUAAUUUCAUUUCUUUGUCGUAUUCGUAAGAGUUACAACUGUUUCUGUUUGAAUUAUGGGAACAAACUGAGUCAUCUUCUUCACCCUUUCUACUACUAAAACUAUUGUCAUUCCCAAACACCACAGAUUAAGCUCGACGAGAAUCGUAUUACCACUUUGGUCACCCAAGUUGCUCGUCGCGUUGUCUUAGACGAGGUCAUCAUCGAGUCUAAGAACGAAAAGCAACUCCUCAAUAUCCUCCGCAUGCGUGAUGAAGAAAUCCGCAAGGCUUUAGCUAUGAAAAGCGAGACUGAGGGAACCGUUAGCAUGAUGGAGAAGACUCUCGAAACCUACCGCGCCCAAUGCGACUUCCUGCAGAAAGAACGCGACAAUCUGAUGCAAAAAUUAGCGGAAGAACGCGUCAUUUCACAGCACGCACAAGUCUUUGUCGACAACCAGAGCAACAAAGCUGAGGGUCUGGAAGAAAUCCUUAAGGAAGAAAGAAAGAUCUUCUCCAAAGAUCUACGUCGCCUGCAAGCGGAAGUGGAAACGAGCAAAGAAUCCCAUCGCGUCGAAGUCCUGGCGUAUCGAAAAGCAUUGAGUGUGGAGGAAGCGAAGGUAUUUUAUUUUCAGAAGAUGACUGAAGAAGAAAUCUUUGGUUUCAAUUUUCUUGGUCGAUUUUCAGAAAAGAUGAGUUUCUACAUCCAGGGCGUUUCAGGAAUAUCUCCUUCGCAAAAAGCUGCUUGAGUAGUACAACAUCGUAAUCAUGUUCUACUGGAUGAGGAAGUUCUUUGUCUUUCGCAGUUCACUAAGUGUACAACUAUUUCUCCGCAACCGCAAUUCUCAAUCUCAGGUCGCCUCCCUCAUGCACGAGGUGCGUGAGAUGAAGCAGCGACUACCUGAAGACUAUGGCAACACCGGAGAAAGUGGAUUUCUCGAUCAUCCUUCUGUUCGUGCCGCUAACGCUAAGAAGCUUGCCAAGAAAAAACAGAACAUUGAUGAAUUCAAGGCUCGGCAGAAACAACAAAUUCGUCAGUUAGCGAGUAGUCUGCGUGGCGAGGAUAAGAAGGUUGGAUCGCCACAAGUGAAAAGAAAGACGGCAGAUGCAAUCGCGACUGCAUACGGACAAAAAUUUCCGGCGAAUAGGGUGCUGUUGCCGAAACUGGUUUAGCGGUUAUACAACAGAUGAAAAUGAUACGAUCAAUUUGAACUUUUUUCAUGAUAUCAUGCCCUCAACUUCUACGUAUUUUUUGACGUCUCUCUUAUUCCAAUCUAAUCAAAAACAGAACCGAAUUUCUUAUCACAGAUUGUAACUGUAUACUACGAGGAUCUAUUAAUCCGAAUUGAAUACCUUGAGCACACAGCAACGCCUGGCUUUGAGUCAAUUGAAAUAAGUAGAACAUUACAGGUUAAAGCAAGUAAGUAGAUAGUUCCUUGUACCAAAUGUAGUUGUAAGUACGUCGAUGUAAUACUCCUCGAACACGACGAACAUGAGCUUAAGAGAACUCAAACAAUCAAUUUCUUUGGCAUUAUAUCAGGGAAUGUCUUAUUGAUGACCACAUACAAGAAAACACCAAUUUUACACCUCCAUCAUGCGGCACAGAUGAUAAGACAUGGAAGAUGUACAGAGUGAUUGAGCUCUACUUGGGGAACAAAUUAU